GCCAUGGCCGAUGUGGAGGACGGGGACGAGCCCGGAGCCCCCCACUCGCUGCCGGGCUCCGCGGGCUCCAAGGCGGGCGCACCCGACAAGAUGUUCUCGCUGAAGAAGUGGAAUGCGGUGGCCAUGUGGAGCUGGGACGUGGAGUGCGACACCUGCGCCAUUUGCCGCGUGCAGGUCAUGGAUGCCUGUCUUAGAUGUCAAGCUGAAAACAAACAAGAAGAUUGUGUUGUGGUUUGGGGAGAAUGCAAUCAUUCCUUCCACAAUUGCUGCAUGUCCUUGUGGGUGAAACAGAAUAAUCGCUGUCCCCUCUGCCAGCAGGACUGGGUAGUCCAGAGAAUAGGCAAAUAAAAACUGGAAGGGUUUCUUUGUGUUGCACUUGUUGGAAUGGUGUGUGUGUUAUGCCCUAUGCUCAUGCAGAAUGGAACGUGUCCCUCAGGACGUGACUCACUUGGUUUAUCUGCUCCACGACCAGAGCGGGUUUGGUGCAGCUCUCUGGCUGCACAAGGUGCAGUCCUGGUCAGCUCACUGCAGGGGUUCCCCAUUGGAAACAGGAGACACUACAUCAACAAAUGUAUCUGCUAUGAUUAAAGUGUUUGUAUCAGAGCACAGAAACUUAGUGGUGCAGAUUAUACCCUAAACACAGAGCAUUUAAUCUUUUUCCAUUGAUGAAUGAAUUAAAUUGAAGGGGUCACCUUAGCUGGUCUGAUACGCUGCAUAUUUUACUGUCAGGAUAAAGAAAAUGUUUCCUAAGUACUAUUGUAUGCAAAACCACAGUCAGUGUGUUUUUUAAGAAACUAUUUUGGGUUUUAAUCUAAAAUGAGCAGUAUGUAAAACAUUCGCUGUGUGCUUUUUCCAUCAUGGUGUAUUAAACAUUUCUAAUUUAGGUAUUCUUUAUGACUUUCAUUUUGUUGUAUCUCUAAGUCUGUUGCUCUGUUAUAUUCUGUACAUGAUUUCUACAAACAUAAUAUUAAAAUUUAACCACGUUAAUAUUUUUUUAAUUUAUAUUUCUGUUAGUGAUCAUAAAGACAUGUAUUUGGUAUCAGUUAACUAGAGGUGUAGACAAUCUUAUUGGUUAGCUGAUAGGAAGCCAACAAAAGUGAUAAUUUAAAUAACCCAAGGAAAAGAGGCACUAAUUAAAUCUAGGGACUAAUGGUAAACUGUGAUUUCAUGAAAAUUCAGUUAAUAGAAAUUUCUUUUCUUUUAGUGGUUCUAGUGUUUUGGAAGCAUUUUUUCAUUCUUCUUUGAAUUUUUUCUUACAGCUGUUUAAAAGCUCAUCUCUAACUUUGUCUUUUCUCUAAAUAUCCAAAUUACUAGGAAUCUGAACAUAGGCUGUGGGAUUUAAAAAAUAUAUAUAAUGGAGAGGUAGAAUUACUGCUUUAAAUCUGUAACAAAUUCAGACUUAAUAAAAUGGUUAAUCAGCAUGGGUGAAAUUGAAGCAAUAUAAUAUGCAUUGUUUACUUCAAAAUUGUCAUCUUUAAUGUUUAAUGUGUUUCUCAGUAGAUGUAUUUCUAAGAACAUUAAAAGAAGUUUGUCUUCACUGUAUAAAGUAGUUCCAAUCUUUGUGUCAUCAAGCAUAUUGCAGAGUUUACCAUGGUUUUGUUUAAUAUUGUAAUCUUGAUUUUAAGAUGUUUUAAUUUUGAAAUGUAGCUUCUUUUAAUUACACACUGAGAAAAAAAAUCCUGAGUCACUGUUACACUGUAUCACAUCAGUUGUUACUAUGCCAGGUGAUGUCUGUCAUAAAACUGAAAACAAAUGUAAAAUAUGUUAACAGUAGUAAUGAAGUGCCUCUAGCAUUUACAUUGUUGUGGAGUAUUUCUGCUUGUGUAAAAAUAUUCUCAAAAUUUUUGCAAAAAAAGAAAUCUGAGUGGAUGUGAAAAUAAAUUUUAGCUGUCACAGUCAAACUGUA